GGACCAUAGACAUAUUAAACAUUAAAAGGUCUUAUUAAGUCUAUGGUUAUAUCCACAGAACACUCUUAUAUCAGAGUCUCUGGUUAUACCAAAAAGAAAGAUGAUUUUCUCCAUAGAAAUAUAUGAGCUUAUAUUAGUGUUCUGUGAUAUGGAUUAUAGAUAUUGUGCUUUUCUCUAUGGUUUUUCCGUCAUUUUAAAAGUUUAUGUCUUGAGGGUUUGCAAUUCUCAGCGUUUUGAAGUGAAGAAAAUAAAUAAAGAAUGGAUAUAGGCGGAGGCUGUUUCACCAUUGAAAAGGAGGGACAUAUUACCUGUGAUGAACUGAAAUUAGAAGACAAAUUAGGAAAAGUGCACAGAAGAUACUCAAAUUCCUUAGUUAAAGAGAGCGAUGCGAAUCCUAUGAUUGAAAAAAGUGUGCUCGAUAAACAAAUAAAAUCUAAUCAUUUGAAAAUCGAAGGUCACGAGUGUCAUCUUUGCGAGUUCGCCACAAGCGAAAAAAGGUAUCUUCAGAAGCAUGUCCAUUCAGUUCAUUUGAAUAUCAGGAAACACAAAUGUCACUUAUGUGAAUAUGUUGCCUGCGCGAAACAUAUCAUCCAACAACAUGUGAAAUCUGUUCAUCUGAAAAUUAAAGAUCAGAAGUGUCAUCUCUGCGAGUUUGUUACAAGUGAAAAAAGGUAUCUUCGGAGGCAUGUCCACUACGUCCAUUUGAAUAUCAAGAACCACAAAUGUCACUUAUGUGAAUAUGCUUCCAGUCAGAAAGAAAAACUCGAUGAACACAUAAAAUCUCUUCAUUUGAAAAUUAGAGAUCAUAGGUGUCACCUAUGUGACUUUGCCGCGAGUUUCAAGCGAAAACUCGAUAGACACGUGAAGUCCGUUCAUUUGAAAAUCAGAGAUCACAAGUGUCAUCUAUGCGAGUUUGUUACAAGUAGAAAAGCGAACCUUCAGAGGCACGUCGACGGAGUUCAUUCGAAUGUCAAGAAACUCCAAUGUCACUUAUGUGAAUAUGCUGCGACUACAAAACGUUCCCUUCUAAUACACAUCGAAUCUGUUCAUUUGAGCAGCAAAUAACAAUUGUUAGUUGAGUGAAUAUGAUACAAAUAUAUAUUUUUCCCACAGUAUCCCUCUUCGAAGAGAAUUUGUCAGUUUAACAUUUUAUCUCUUUCAUGUAAAUAAUAUC